AUGGCUGUUAUAUACCUUCUAGUUUCUACCUACUUGGAUAGCAAUUUUAUCCAGCAUCCUAAUCAACUAUCUCGUCCUCCCCCAAAAAUGGUUGCCAACAAGUACUCUACAGUCAUCACUAUUGUCCUGUUUCUGUUAAGCCCUUGUGCAACUCCAUUGACCUUUGAUUUCCCCAGUUUUGCCAGUAGUGUCAACAACACUCCAUCUCUGGAGGGAGAUGCUUUUAUCGACGGCAAACUCCUCCGUCUCACCAAAAGCGCUCUAGAAGACUCACAAAACGUGAGCGUUGGUCGAGCCACCUACACACAACCCUUCCUCCUCCGCGAAAGUGCCACCGGAAACCUAGCCGAUUUCAGCACAAGUUUCACAUUCGCCAUCAACUCUCAAAACAGAAACUCUUACGGAGAGGGGCUCGCCUUCUUCCUAGCUCCACAAGGAACUUCACUACGUAACAGCUCAGCAGGAUCUGGUGGUAGUCUCGGCCUCCCUGUCAACAGUACCCUUUCAAAUGAGUACCCCUAUGUGGCGGUGGAGUUUGACAUCUUCCAGAGUGAAAAUACAGCCAUCGGAGAUCCCAGCUACCCAUACGGUCAUGUGGGUAUCGACGUCAGCUCUCUCAAAUCCGUUAUCACCAAGCCUUGGUAUGUAAGUAUGAAGGAAGGACAGCAAAGUAAUAGUGCCAAGAUUACUUAUAGUUCUGGCACAAAAAAUCUAAGCGUGGCCUUCACCACUUAUGAUGAUCUGAGUGGUAUCCAAGUAAUCAGUUAUUUUUCUUACGAACUAGAUCUGAAAAAAUACUUGCCGGAUUGGGUUAUUGUUGGGUUCUCGGCUUCGACGGGGAGGUCUAUUACUCUGCAUAACAUCAUCUCCUGGAAUUUUUCUUCAACUUCGCUUGUUGACUAUGAUUUGUCUCUAGUCCCUGCGCCAGGCCUUACUUCUAAAGUCAAGCCCAGAAAGGACAAUAAACAUCUAGUUCUUGUUAUUGGUGUUGUUGUUGGGGGGUUUAUGCUGGUUGGUGUGUUAGGUUUGGGUUUGUUCAACUCUUGCAAGAGAAAGGCAACAGGAGAAAGUAGUACUGAAAUAGAGGGCCUGAGGAGGUUUUCUUAUGGAGAAAUAGCUUUGGCGACAAGAAAUUUUGCCGAGGGAGAAAAGCUUGGAGAGGGAGUAGAUGGUGUGGUUUACAAAGGCUUCAGAUAUGACUUGAACUCGUAUGUUACAGUUAAGAAGAUGUCCAAGGGAUCUACACAAAGGAAGGAGUAUAAAUCAGACUUGAGAGUCCUGAGUACACUAGAUCAUCGGAAUCUGAUGCGACUAAUUGGUUGGUGCGACGAACAAGGAGAACUAAUACUUGUUUACGACUUCAUGCCGAAGGGUGGCUUAGAUUUCCAUUUGCUCAAAGCAGACAACUUGUUGAUUUGGGAGGUCAGAUAUAAAAUUGCUCAAGAAUUGGCCUCCGCGUUGCUAUAUCUACACCAAGAAUGGGACUUACAACGUCUGCAUGGAAAUAUCCAAUCUAGCAAUAUUAUGUUGGAUUCGAAUUUGAAUGCAAAACUUGGAAAUAUUCUGUUUACUGAACUUGUGCAUGAAGAAAUAACUAUAGUUAAGGUUGGAAGAAUGGGCUACCUAGAUCCGGCACAUUUGAUGAGAGGAAAGACGAGCAAGAUGUUAGAUGUCUACAGUUUUGGUGUUGUUGCUUUGGAGAUAGCAUGCGGGAGAAAACCUAUCGAGCACAAUUUUGUCGAGAAUCAAAUCAAUUUGGUGAAAUGGGUUUGGGAGCUGUACAGAGAAGACAAAAUAAUUGAGGCAGCGGACCCAAAACUGCGUGGAGAUUUUGAUAAGAACCAAAUGGUGUGCUUGAUGGUUGUUGGGUUGUGGUGUGCUCACUCUGACUUUCGUUUCAGGCCUUCAAUAGACGAGGCGAUUCAAGUUCUUAACUUUGCGGCAAUGGUGCCGCCUCUCAUCCUGUCAAAUGACACUACAGGUUCAAGUUCUGAAAGAAGUACAAGUGAGUCUUCCAACAUCUAUGGUGAUAGCGCCAAUUCCUCGUAG